AUGUCCAGCUCUGACCGCCUUCCGGAUUACCCGCUCCACUCAGAUUUAGUGAGGAGGUUAAAGUCUGCCCUGGACGCCAGGGAUGACGAGACAGUGAGCCGCUUGAUCUGCACCGAAGUGGGGCACGUGGACGCCACGAUAGAACUGGCCAAUGACGACUGGAUGAAGGACCCCGCGGCUCAGCUGCCCGCCGGCGUGCUCGUAGGUAAUCUGAGCCGUCUGGAGCAGCUCAUGAACCGGUUCUUCCAGGAUGCCAACGUGGUGUUUGAGAUCAAGAAGGAUGAGAUGGAGUGGCGGGUGAAAUCCCCAGCCACAUUUGGACUGUCAGGCCUCUGGACCCUAGAGUACAAGCGCGAGCUCACCACACCCCUGUGCAUCGCUGCGGCCCGUGGCCACACGGCCUGCGUGCGCCACCUGCUCAGCCGCGACGCGGACCCCGACGCCAGCCCCGGCGGCCAGGGAGCCCUGCACGAGGCCUGCCUGGGGGGCCACACGGACUGCGCCCAGCUGCUGCUGCAGCACGGUGCCGACCCCGACCUGCUCAGCGCCGAGGGCCUGGCGCCCCUGCAUCUCUGCCGCACGGCCGCCUCGCUCGGGUGCGCGCAGGCGCUGCUGGAGCACGGCGCUUCGGUGCACCGCGCGGGCGGCGCGGGCCGGGACACGCCGCUGCACGUGGCGGCGCAGCGCGGCCUGGACGAGCACGCGCGCCUCUACCUGGGCUGCGGCGCGCGCGUGGACGCGAGGAACGGCCGCGGCGAGACGCCCCUGAGCACAGCGUGCGGCGCGGCGCGGCGGCCCGACGAGCACGCGCGCUGCCUGCGCCUGUGCGCGCUCCUGCUGCGGCGCGGGGCGGCGGCGGACGCGCGCGACGAGGACGAGCGCAGCCCGCUGCACAAGGCCUGCGGCCGCGCGUGCCCGGAGCUGGCGCGCCUCCUGCUGCGGCACGGCGCCGACGCGGGCGCGCUCGACUACGGCGGGGCCUCGCCGCUGGCCCGCGCGCUGCAGACGGCCGCCUGCGCGCCCGAGGCCGCGCCGCAGCGCACGGUGCAGGCGCUGCUCAACCACGGCUCCCCCACGGUGUGGCCCGACGCCUUCCCCAAGGUGCUGAAGACCUGUGCCCGGGCUCCCACAGUUAUUGAGACUCUGUUCAACGCCUACCCUCAGCUCCGUGUGUCCGAGUCCUGGAGGGAAGUGAUUCCUGAGGAAGUAUCUCAGAUGCACCAGGCCUUCUACCAGUCUUUCUUCGCCUUGGCCCACACCCCACGCUGUCUGCAGCAUCUUGGCCGCUGUGCCUUUCGGAAAUUACUUGGCAAAAAGUGCUUUCACCUCGUACCCCUGUUACCCUUGCCAAAGUCCCUGCAAAAUUACCUCCUUUUGGAACCAGAGGGUGUUUUGCACUGAAAA